CAACUUGGCAUCUCAAUAAACUCUUACCAAAAUAACUAGACCUAAGGUAUAAAUUCUCUUUUACAUUAGCCAUCUUUUUUGGCUGUCGGAUCCAAGAUACCUAUUGGAACACUACAUAUUCACAUCACGACCUACUCUCGAUUACCCAACAGCACCCCCCCCCUCGUCCACCAUGGCAUUCACAAUGCACUCCCACUCGGGCCAGUUCUGCCCCGGCCACGCCAAGGACCAGCUCGAGGACAUCAUCCUGCACGCCAUCAAGGUCGGCUACAAGACCAUCGGCCUGACCGAGCACAUGCCGCGCACCAACCCAGCCGACCUCUACCCCGAUGAGCUAACCCCCGACACCCCCCCGGACGCCGCCCUCGCGCUCCUCCCCCCGCGACACGCCGCCUACCUGGCCGAAGCGCGCCGCCUGCAGGCCCACUACGCCCCGCAGAUCCACAUCCUGAUCGGCUUCGAGGGCGAGUGGAUCCGGCCCGGCUACGGCGCGCUCGUGCGCGAGCUGGCCGCGCACCCGGCGGUGGAUUAUUUCAUUGGGUCCAUACACCAUGCGCGGGGGGUGCCGAUUGAUUAUGAUGCUGCGUACUAUGCGCGGGCGGUGGAGGUUUGUGGGGGUGGUGGUGGUGGUGGUGAUGGUGGUGGUGGUGAUGGUGGUGGUGAUGGUGGUGGUGAUGGGUUGGGGGAGGAGGGGUUGUUUGGGGUGUAUUUUGACGAGCAGCUGGAUAUGCUGCGGGCGCUGAGGCCGAGGGUGGUGGGGCAUUUUGAUUUGGUGAGGUUGUUUAGUGCGGUGCCGGGGAGGGAGUUGAGGGGAGAGUGGCCCGCGGUGUGGGAGAGGGUGGUGAGGAAUCUGGAGUUUGUGAAGGGCUAUGGCGGGUGGUUGGAGUGUAACACGAGUGGGCUGCGCAAGGGGCUGGCGGAGGCGUAUCCGAAGAGGGAGAUUGCUGAAGUGUGGACGCGCAUGGGGGGGCGGUGGACGUUUGGGGAUGAUAGCCAUGGGAUUGCGCAGGUUGGGACGAACUACUGGAGGGGGUUGGAGUAUUUGGAGGGUUUGGGGGUGAAGGAGCUGUGGACGCUGGAGAGGAGGCCGGUGGCGGGGGCGGACGGGGAGACGGAGCUAGUUGAGAAGGCGGUGCCGAUUGAGGAGUUUCGAGCGAGUUUGAAGUUGGAAUAGGGGGAUAUAGAGAUGGGGGGUGGUCUCUCGCCAUUUGGGUAGUGUGGCUAUUUAGAAGGGCUGUGAGUGAGAGCCCCAGCUGGUCUACAAACACGACACAAGGUUGAAACAAAACUCGAGUGCCCCAAUUCCUUGAUUAGCGAUGAUGAAGACGGCUGCCCUCUUGUCAACCUUUUCCCCGC